AUGGCGAAGAAGGGAAAGAAGGGAGGAGGCGGAGGCGGAGGAGGAGCAGGAGGCGGAGGCGGAGAAGAAGCAUCCGACAAAGGGACUGAUUGGAAGACCAACGAGAAUGUCGAGGCUGAAAGCAAGAUUGUGAAAACAGUGCAAGACGUACAAGAGCUGACAAAGGAUGUCGACGUUGAGGGCAAGAAGGAGUCGCUCCUCGGCCAGAAUUCCUCUGCUACUUCAACCGUAGAUGGCCCUACCACUGACUCCAGAGGAGAAUCUGGCAAACAGCACCCGCAAGCCGUCGAGCACGCAAGGAGCGAUGUGCAAGCACUCGAGAACAAACUUGACAACCUGAAGCAGCAGUUGGUGGAUCUACGUCAGUCGAUCAAGAACUUUGAGUCGGAGUUUGACUCGAGAUUGGAUGCUUGCCUGAAGCAAAUUGCGGAGAUGCCUGCACAGGGCGGCGAGAUAGAUUUGGACAAUGAAUGA